AGUCGCGUCUUUCUCACUCACUGGGGAGCCCGGCGGUGGCGGCACCUUUCGAGGCAGACCCGCUGAGCUGUGAGCCCGCCGGCCAGCGAGUGAGAGGUCGGAUCGACUGACGGCGGAGCCGACAGACGGACGGACAGCGGCAACGCCAGACGGCCAGAGUCGCCUCAAGUUCCGCCAUGAGCUGGGGCACAGAGCUGUGGGAUCAGUUCGACAGCUUAGACAAGCAUACACAAUGGGGAAUUGACUUCUUGGAAAGAUAUGCCAAAUUUGUUAAAGAGAGGAUAGAAAUUGAACAGAACUAUGCGAAACAAUUGAGAAAUCUGGUUAAGAAGUACUGCCCCAAACGUUCAUCCAAAGAUGAAGAGCCACGGUUUACCUCGUGUGUAGCCUUUUUUAAUAUCCUUAAUGAGUUAAAUGACUAUGCAGGACAGCGAGAAGUUGUAGCAGAAGAAAUGGCGCACAGAGUAUAUGGUGAAUUAAUGAGAUAUGCUCAUGAUCUGAAAACUGAAAGAAAAAUGCAUCUGCAAGAAGGACGAAAAGCUCAACAAUAUCUUGACAUGUGCUGGAAACAGAUGGAUAAUAGUAAAAAGAAGUUUGAAAGAGAAUGUAGAGAGGCAGAAAAGGCACAACAGAGUUAUGAAAGAUUGGAUAAUGAUACUAAUGCAACCAAGGCAGAUGUUGAAAAGGCCAAACAGCAGUUGAAUCUGCGCACGCAUAUGGCUGAUGAAAAUAAAAAUGAAUAUGCUGCACAAUUACAAAACUUUAAUGGAGAACAACACAAACAUUUUUAUGUAGUGAUUCCUCAGAUUUACAAGCAACUACAAGAAAUGGAUGAACGAAGGACUAUUAAACUCAGUGAGUGUUACAGAGGAUUUGCUGACUCAGAACGCAAAGUUAUUCCUAUCAUUUCAAAAUGUUUGGAAGGAAUGAUUCUUGCAGCAAAAUCUGUUGAUGAAAGAAGAGACUCUCAAAUGGUGGUAGACUCCUUCAAAUCUGGUUUUGAACCUCCAGGAGACUUUCCAUUUGAAGAUUACAGUCAACAUAUAUAUAGAACCAUUUCUGAUGGGACUAUCAGUGCAUCCAAACAGGAGAGUGGGAAGAUGGAUGCCAAAACUACAGUAGGAAAAGCCAAGGGCAAAUUGUGGCUCUUUGGAAAGAAACCAAAGGGCCCAGCACUAGAAGAUUUCAGUCAUCUGCCACCAGAACAGAGACGUAAAAAACUACAGCAGCGCAUUGAUGAACUUAACAGAGAACUACAGAAAGAAUCAGACCAAAAAGAUGCACUCAACAAAAUGAAAGAUGUAUAUGAGAAGAAUCCACAAAUGGGGGAUCCAGGGAGUUUGCAGCCUAAAUUAGCAGAGACCAUGAAUAACAUUGACCGCCUACGAAUGGAAAUUCAUAAGAAUGAGGCGUGGCUCUCUGAAGUUGAAGGCAAAACAGGUGGGAGAGGAGACAGAAGACAUAGCAGUGACAUAAAUCAUCUUGUAACACAGGGACGAGAAAGUCCUGAGGGAAGUUACACUGAUGAUGCAAACCAGGAAGUCCGUGGGCCACCCCAACAGCAUGGUCACCACAGUGAGUUUGAUGAUGAAUUUGAGGAUGAUGAUCCCUUGCCUGCUAUUGGACACUGCAAAGCUAUCUACCCUUUUGAUGGACAUAAUGAAGGUACUCUAGCAAUGAAAGAAGGUGAAGUUCUCUACAUUAUAGAGGAGGACAAAGGUGACGGAUGGACAAGAGCUCGGAGACAGAACGGUGAAGAAGGCUACGUUCCCACGUCAUACAUAGAUGUAACUCUAGAGAAAAACAGUAAAGGUUCCUGAAGAGGGUUUCUGAGGAAAUGGGCAAGAUGUUGAAGGAGGUUACAUGCAGCUGCUUUUGGGGGGAGGGUAUUAGAGUUGUCAGGCUCAAAGAGAGUGAGAGAAGCAAGUUGCAUGAGUGCAUGUAGACAUGAUUAUUUUUUACUAACUUCAUUAGCAUUUCCAUACAUUGUUUUUAAAAAUCAUACCAACCCUUAAGUUCCUAGUUCACAGUUAUUCCCACAAAAGAAAAAGCCAACAAUAGUGUACCAUUUUUCUAUUUAUUUUAUUGCUGUCUAAUCAAUAAAGAAUGCAGAGCUGUCAAAAAAUGUGUCUUACAUUAGCGUCCCAACAUGAUUGUCUCCCUCCCAGCUCUGUUUUAAUUGGCUUUUAGACCCACUAUCUGUCAGAUCCUUGCCAUCUGUCAGUGUCUGCCUGUGCCACCUCCGUGCUUGCUUAACAUCCUGUUGCAUGUCUAGAGUGACUGAGCUAGAUUUUUCAGGCAUGUCUUUAGAUUCCCUUGUUCUUGUCAAAGCCUUUGUUUUGUUUUACAUUUGUAGUGCAAAUCACUUUGUCAAACAUCUCCAGCACUAAUGUUUCCAUCCUAGUAUUUGUGCACACUGCUAUAACUUCCCCACUGCAAACAUUCCAGUUUUGGCAUUACGAAGAAGUAGCCUGUGAACCUGAAGUAUUUAUGAUAAGAAAAAGAAAACAUCUCUGCUGUAGCCUACAGCCCAGUUGAAAGAACUCUUUGAAACGUGAUACAUCUUCAGCACCUCAGUCUGGGAAGAAUCUAUAGUCAGCACUGAAAUCCUGGCAUAAUAAACACAGAAGAUACUCACCACCUCAAGACAAAGGACUGUUGUCAAAAGUCAGCUGCUUCCAUUCAAAUGCUGCCUUAAACUAGAGUGCCUAAAUCUGUUGAUUGCCAACACUACCACUGCAGUAUCCCACAAAGGGCUUUAUGUGUCAGCUCAGUGCGACCUCCUUUAACUCUGCAGCACUGCUGCAGCUACCGAUGUAGCCUCGGUAGGUGGCUGUUAGAGCUCUACCAUAUACAGUGGUGCAUCUUCAAAUUUAUGCAUCAAACUAAAGACAUGUCCAAGUCCAUUUUACUUUCCUCAGUGUUUUUAUGAGAAGUUUUAUGGACCUCCCCCAAUUGUCCUUUUAUUUGGGGUUAUGACGAUCAUGUUUGAUAAUUACAAUGAUAGUCUGUUUCCACGUGAUGCUUUUGUUUGAACCUGAUACAAUUUAGUGAAACUUUGUAAUGAUCUAUGUGCACUUUUACUUGUAAAAUGGAAUUUCUGUAUGUUUAUACUUGUAAAUAGGAUUGUUGUUAGUGCUCCUGUUGCUCAUGGUGUCCUGCCUCGCAUUUGUGAUUCUGUUAAUGACUUGUAUCUUAACUAAUUUCUUAGUGGUGUUGUAAUAGGGAGAUGGGGCAGGUGGGGGGUUAUUUGUACCACUGAAUCUUCAUUAAUUUGGUUCUUUACUGUUUUGAGGGGAGAAAGAACGUGAAAUGGUUUGUGUAUUAUUGAAUUUUAAGCAAUAUUUUAGAAGCUGUGUGACUGCUUUAAUAACUUUUUCCCAGUGUUAUUUGAAUCAUACUACCAGUUAUACUAAAGCUGAAUGACAAUUGUGUGAAAGUUACUGCCUUCAUAAUAUCAAGUCACCACUGUUACACAGCUGACAUAUAGUGUAUUACCUUUGCAGCUAGUAAACUAUAAAGUUUAGAUAUUGAAUCUCGUUACAGGGUUAUUUAUAUAAUGUGACAUUAUUCAGUACUGACAGACUACGUGAAGUAGUUUUAAAAUCUAGUGCUAUUUUUAUUUUAAAGGUUAGCAAUGAGGAGGAAAUGUGAUCUGGCUGUGUUUGUCUUCUGUACAAAGCCUGAAGUGCUUAUGGUUUUUUGGCUAACAGCCACAGAGGGCAAAGUUUAAGACUAUCUUGUAAGGACUAACUGUUCUUUUCAAGCUACUGUUUGUUUUUCUAAAAGCAGGAUUUGCUUCCGUAGGAGGCAAGUUCCUUGACGUGGAAUAGUGCAACCUGUAUAUGGGUUAUUAUAAUAGGAAAGACAUUUGUACUUGCACAGUUUAAAUCAUUCUUAAAUUUUGAACAUGUGAAUUGUCCCAAAAAAUCUUUAAUUUUUUGGUAAUUUUUACUCUUUUUGUGCACAUGUUGAUUUCGUAAUGGUAAAUCCUUCAUUUAAAGAUAGUGUUCUCUGUUGAGAAUAUUUUCAUGGAAUAAAACAGUCUUUUCAUGGCCUGUUAA